GGGCUCCUGAGGCCAGCACGUCGCUUACUCCCAGGGUUUCUCUCAGGGAGCCCCCUGCUGCCGGGUACCAUGACGGUGAGGGGGGCCGCACUGGCCCCGGAUCCAAUGUCUCCCACGACUGUAGCAGCCUCGCCCAGUGUCUCCGAGAUCCCUGAGGGCAGCCCCACAGCCAUGGAACAGCCUGUGUUCCUGAUGACAACUGCAGCUCAGGCCAUCUCCGGUUUCUUUGUUUGGACAGCUCUGCUCAUCACCUGCCACCAGAUCUACAUGCACCUGCGCUGCUACAGCUGCCCCAAUGAGCAGCGCUACAUUGUGCGCAUCCUCUUCAUCGUGCCCAUCUACGCCUUCGACUCCUGGCUCAGCCUCCUCUUCUUCACCAACGACCAGUACUACGUGUACUUCGGCACCGUGCGUGACUGCUACGAGGCCUUGGUCAUCUACAAUUUCCUAAGCCUAUGUUAUGAAUACCUCGGGGGAGAAAGUUCCAUCAUGUCAGAGAUCAGAGGGAAGCCCAUCGAGUCCAGCUGUGUGUAUGGCACGUGUUGCCUCUGGGGAAAGACCUACUCCAUUGGAUUCCUGCGGUUCUGUAAGCAGGCCACCCUGCAGUUCUGUGUGGUGAAGCCACUCAUGGCUGUCAGCACCGUGAUCCUCCAGGCCUUUGGCAAGUACCGGGACGGUGACUUUGACGUCGCUAGCGGCUACCUGUACGUGACCAUCAUCUACAACGUGUCAGUCAGCCUAGCCCUCUACGCCCUCUUCCUGUUCUACUUCGCCACGCGGGAGCUGCUCAGCCCCUACAGCCCGGUCCUCAAGUUCUUCAUGGUCAAGUCUGUUAUCUUCCUCUCCUUCUGGCAAGGCAUGCUCCUGGCCAUCCUGGAGAAGUGCGGGGCCAUCCCCAAGAUCCACUCAGCCCGUGUGUCAGUGGGCGAGGGCACCGUGGCAGCCGGCUACCAGGACUUCAUCAUCUGCGUGGAGAUGUUCUUCGCAGCUCUUGCCCUGCGGCACGCCUUCACCUACAAGGUCUAUGCUGACAAGAGACUGGAUGCGCAAGGCCGCUGCGCCCCCAUGAAGAGCAUCUCCAGCAGCCUCAAGGAGACCAUGAACCCACACGACAUUGUGCAGGACGCCAUCCACAACUUCUCGCCUGCUUACCAGCAGUACACGCAGCAGUCCACCCUGGAGCCAGGGCCCACCUGGCAUGGCGGCGCCCACGGCCUCUCGCGCUCCCACAGCCUCAGUGGUGCCCGAGACAACGAGAAGACGCUCUUGCUCAGCUCUGAUGAUGAGUUUUAAGUGCAGCUGUUGCUGGGGAAGGAUUGGCACCUUGGCCCAGGGCAGGGUGUGCUCCCUCCAGCCUCAUGUCUAGGCCAGGAGGCAGGUGGCACAGCUUUGGCAUUGCCCUUUAAUUUAUUGGACCAGAGACACACAUAUCACUGUCUACCCAGAGGACAGCCCGGGCUCACCCUGGAACCUUCAGGAAUAUUUAUACAAGGCCAAGCCUGCAUUGCCUGGCAAGGAGCAGGGGACACUGGGAGCGAUUCCCAUGCCCCUGCAGCUCGUCCUGCGGUGGCGGCAUGUUGGGACCAGCCAUGCCCCAGACCCAGAUGCUUAUGUUGUGGACCAACAGCCACAGCUCUGUCCCCAGGUCACUGCCCUCCCCCAUGAGAUCUUCAGCCCCACCCCCCAAACCGUGCAAUACAGCUCUUCCCGCCUACUUCCUCCUGUUCCACUUGUCCGAUGCUAGAUUACCCUCAUCUGAGCAGGAGGAGGGAGGGAACAUGGAAGCUCUCUGGGACCCCCUCCUGACCCAGGCCUGCCUGGCAUGCUGCAAGGAUCAGAGCCAGAUACCAAGAGCCGCCUGUCCCACCAGGAAGGGUGCUCAGGUGCCUCUGGGCCCCUGCCUGUUGAUGUGGCCUCUCCAAAUGGGGUCCCUGAGCUCCGGGCGUCCUCUCUGGCUGCACCUGUCUCGCGCUCCUUCCUCCUGGCCUGCUGAGGACAGCCAGCAGCCCACACUGCCCCUCACCUGGGGUCUGUCUUGGGAGCAUUUUUGGGCAGAGCCCUUAAUGCCUGGCUGCUCAGAGGGUCAAGGGCUCCCACUUCCUUCCCAGGCUGAGCGAUCAGAACCUUUGCUGGGUCCUGGUCUCUCGCUGGGGCUUCUCCCUCCCAUUUCAGGGAAAGAGUCUGAGUCUCCACGUUUCACACGAGCUCCCAGAGGACACGGUUCUGUGGGAGGAAAGACAAAGGGCGAGGGCCCGCUGCAGCGGGCCCUGGCGCCACGUCCACGCAGGGCCUGGGGUCCUGCCUCAGCUGGCCCCAGCCCGUCUCUUCUGUGCCUUAGUCACAUAUGAAAGUCCCCCUGGCCCUCAGUCUAUCCCAGUCAUUCCCUGGGGGCUCCCUGCAAAGCUCCUGGCACUCAGAGGAUCCUGCAGUGCUGGGCCAAGCGCCCUUGGACAGGCCUCGGGGGUGGCCAGGACCUCAGUCCCCUCCCCUCGCCCACCUCCGCACCCCUAUACCUGGAGCCUCCCAGGGCCAGAGCCCCCAUGCCACUGGGCUUACAUCGGCCACUGUCUUAGGAAGUCUCUUGAUGGACACUGCUUGUUUGUGCAGGCAGAGCGCCCCGUCCCCAGACAGCACUUGGGUUUGGGCUGCAGCAGCCUGGGGAAGGGGCAGGGUUUGGGCGAAGGUCCCUGCCCUGCGGCUUCAGAGCUUCCCUGUGGAAUCUUUCCUUCUGGCCACUCCUGGAAUGAACUGUGUCGAGGGUUGGGUGGGGGUUCUGUCCUGUCAGCCUUUCCAGGCACUUGACCCUUGUGACCAAGCCAGCACUCUGGGGGAGACAGGCCUGCUUGUGGGGUACUGGAGGCUGCUUUUGGGCCCCUGUCUGGUAGGCUUGGCCAGCCAGUGCCAAGCUGCCUGGGAAGGCAGCAGGCUGGUGCCGGCUGUCUGAGAACGAGCUCUGUGCCCACUCCCCGCAUUUCCCUUCACAAAUCUUUCUCUGAUUCUCCUUCCAGGCCAAAGUGUGCGGCUGACUCCCUGCCCCCAGUCUCUGCCCUGCAGCUCAGUGGCAGGGAGCCAGCAGCCCCUGGAGAGAUGGGGGCUGGGAACUCGUGCCUGACCAUGCCACCUACUUCCUAGGAUUUGUAACCUACCUUGCCUUUUUUUUUUUUUUAAUUUUUUUCCCUAUAGAGUAGCUCUUUGUACAUAAAAAAUACUUGAAAAAUUAAUUGUAUGAUGUAUGAGAAGACAGAGCCCCUAGUUUUGUAUCUCGUGUAUGACUGCCGUGAGUCCCACCAGAAAGUUGCUCUAUUUUGGUCUCUGUGACAUUUUAAAUGCGUGACAGAAGUGAGCAAAUAAGGUGAGAAAGAAAUAUAUAUAUGAGAUAAUAUAGAUUGUAUUGAAAUCUC